UGUUUAUGACGACAUGCUGUCGGAGUUUGCGUGAUUUUCAACGUGCGCGUGACGCUACCCCUCUCCCUCCCCUGUCGUUGUGCAGUUGACAAUUCUCAGUUCAGGCUGUUCCACGGAGAAAAUGGCUGUACCUCCCACCUAUGCUGACCUUGGAAAGUCUGCCAGGGAUGUCUUUACAAAGGGAUAUGGUUUCGGACUCAUCAAGCUGGACUUGAAGACAAAGUCUGAGAAUGGACUGGAGUUCACCAGCACAGGCUCUGCCAACACCGAGACGAGCAAGGUUGCUGGGUCAUUGGAAACUAAAUACAAGUGGGCGGAGCAUGGACUGACCUUUACGGAGAAGUGGAACACGGACAACACUCUGGGAACUGAGAUCACCGUUGAGGACCAGUUGGCUAAGGGGCUGAAGCUCACUUUGGAUUCCUCCUUUUCACCAAACACUGGCAAGAAAGGAGGUAAAGUAAAGACGGCAUACAAGUGCGACCACGUCAACGUCGGCUGCGACGUUAACUAUGACAUCAACGGGACGGCCAUCCAUGGAGCCGCCGUGGUGGGUUAUGAAGGCUGGCUCGCCGGCUACCAGAUGACCUUUGAGGCUGGCAGGAAUAAGGUCACCCAGAGCAACUUUGCCGUUGGAUACAAGACCGAUGAGUUCCAGCUCCACACCAACGUAAAUGAUGGCACAGAGUUUGGUGGAUCCAUCUACCAGAAGGUGAACGAGCAGCUGGAGACAGCCGUCAACCUGUCCUGGACAGCUGGAAACAGCAACACUCGCUUUGGCAUUGCUGCCAAGUAUCAGAUUGAUCCAGACGCAUCUUUUUCUGCCAAGGUGAACAAUUCCAGCCUCGUGGGUCUGGGCUACACUCAGACUCUGAAGCCAGGCAUCAAACUGACGCUGUCUGCACUUCUUGAUGGCAAAAACAUCAACGCAGGAGGCCACAAGCUUGGUCUAGGUCUUGAAUUCCAGGCAUAGGUGGAAGACUCCAGUUUUCCCCGUUGCAUUUCCCAAACCAAAAUAAUGUUAAAGAAAAAAACAAACAAAAAAAACAACCUUUUUUCCUCACUCCCCACAGAUACCUAUUUCCUGUUUGUUUUUUUGGUGGAAGGAGGACAGCAUAAAGGUCAAGUCUCCCACUUUUAAAGACCACUAAAGGGAAUAUUACACUUAAAGAGUCUUGAACAAAACUGCAACUUUUAACAGGAGGUCUGAUGCAAAUUUGCAAAGCUUGAGAGGGAAAUGUAGCCUUGAGUACUUUCACUUUGGCCUCACUCUUUCUUUUUGAAUCAUAGGAAUACAACGCUUUAGUUUGUGGCUUACUGCGCUCCUCCACAGCAAAAAGGGACCGCCGAGAUCAGAUCAGCCCAAAUCUCAAAAAGGGUCGAGUCCAUCAGCAGUUUUGUUGUUGCAUCAACAGGUGGUGGUGCUGUCUGGUAAGCACUCCUCACUUAGACAUCUAUGUGGUUAAAAAGGAUUUACUGGAACACUUGUGCACUGAGAGCUCUUUCAGUUUAAAAUAUUAUAUUAUAGGAAGGGUUUGUUGUUCCUUUUUUGAGCUGCUCCUUGUUGCUCUGAGAAACACUAAACCCCAGUUUGUGCUUUCAGUGUUUUUGUCUCACUUGUCUUUUGUGUCUACAUUUGGUGUGAACCGUCUUGUUGCAUAAAUAGCAGAAAGGAAUAUUUUAUUGAGAGUCUUGCAUAGUUUAAUUCACUUGAGGAGUCUUAACUAAGACAAAGACGUUAAUCCUCCAUGAUCAAAAAAUGUGGGAUUUGUAGAGCUCUGCUUUAAAAAUUUGAGAGGAUAUCCAGAUGAAAUACACUCCAGGGGAUGGUCGUUUUCCACAAAUGGUUAUGGGAAUCAUACUUACUGUACUUGAGUCCUGUCAUUCCCUGAACUAAAUAAAAAAACAUCUUGAGCCA